AGCUGCAUUUUCGCAAUGGAUUCACCCGAAAUAAAAGAUGAUAGAAUCAUUGAGAAAAAUAGUAUACAAGCAACAUUGGAAAAAACAACACGUUCAGUAAACUUAGACACUGAAAAAGAAGUCGGUAAUCACAUCAUUGAAAGAAAUUCAGUAAAUCAAAAUGUAAAAUCUGAUGGUUUUACAGUUACUUGGUCUAGAUGUAAUGAUAAAGUUGAUCAUUCUCAUAAUUUAGAACUUCAAGAAGUACACAGUGAUAAAGAAAUUAAUUAUGAAAAUCAUAUGGACUUACAUACAUGGAGGAAAGAUAGGAAGAAUUAUUAUGAUCCAGAAUCAAAUCGAUUUUCAGAUAAUGAACCAAAAGAAAAUUAUAUUUCUAUUCAACGUAAUAUUAUUCAUCAUGAUGAGUUAGAUAAGAAGGAUAUAAAAUCUAAAUCAUUUUGCAUAAAUUGUAAAAAUCUGAUUAUUAAAUGUUGCAAAUGCAGUCCUGUAACUUGUAUUUAUUCUGUAUUUCCUCUGUUAUACUGGCUACCUCGCUACCCACUUAAAAAAUAUUUAUUAUGUGACAUUAUGACAGGAUUUAUUUUAGCUGUUCUACAAAUUCCUCAAGGUAUGGCAUAUGCUUUGUUGGCAAGAGUUGAUCCUGUGUAUGGGUUGUAUGUUUCAUUUUUCCCAGUGAUGAUAUAUUUUUUGAUGGGAACCUCUCAUCACGUAUCAAUUGGUACUUUUUCUGUUAUCAGUAUAAUGAUUAGCAAUGCUCUUGCAAAAUUUGAUGAAAGCUAUGGAAAUGAUUAUUCAAAUACUACAGCAUCAUUUAGAAGUAAUGGAACACUUCCAAAGAAUAUAGAUGUUGCUAUUUCGUUAGGACUUAUGGUUGGAAUAUGGCAGUUUCUGUUUGGAGUUUUAAAGUUGGGAAUAUUAACUUUCAUACUGUCAGAUCAGUUGAUUUCAGGAUUUACUUCAGCUGCUGCAAUACAUGUAGGAACAUCACAAGUGAAAGAUUUAUUUGGGAUCAAUGUUGGCAUCCAUACUGGACAAUUUCAAUUAAUACAAACAUAUAUUGAUAUCUUUAAUGAUUUGAAGAAUACAAAUUUAGUAACUCUGUCAAUAUCAGCAAUUUCCCUUUUUACGUUGGCAGUUGUAAAAGAUCACAUUAAUGAUAGAUUUCAACAUAAAAUGAUAAUGCCUUUUCCAAUUGAUCUUGUUGUUGUAAUUGUUGGAACACUUGCUUCUUAUUACGGAAACUUUAAUACUAAAUAUCAUGUAAAAGUUGUAGAAACUAUUCCAUCAGGUCUUCCUGGACCUUCAGUUCCCAGAUUAGAAUUCUUGCCUUAUUUGAUUCUUGAUGGCUUAAUAAUUGGCAUUAUUAUAUAUGUUAUUACCUAUUCUUUGGCAAAAAUAUUUGCCAGAAAACGUGAAUAUGAAAUUGAUCCUUCUCAGGAGUUUCUUGCCCUUGGUUCAGCCAAUAUCUUUUCUUCCUUUUUUUCUUGUUAUCCUUGUUCAGCUUCAGUAUCAAGAAGUUCAUUACAAGAUAAAACUGGAGGGAAAACUCAAGUCACAAAUUUAAUAUCAAGUUCAUUGAUUUUGAUUGUAUUAUUUUUCUUAGCCCCACUUCUUUAUUCUUUGCCUAGGAGUAUAUUAGCAUCAAUAAUUAUUGUUGCUUUAAAAGGGAUGUUUGUUCAAAUCAAAGAUUUUUAUAAACUUUGGAAAGUUUCUCGAAUAGAAGCUGCCGUAUGGAUGGUAACAUUCUUAUCAGUUGUUAUACUAAGUAUUGAUGUGGGAUUAUUAGUUGGUGUAGUGUUUUCUCUUGUUGCUGUUAUGAUGAGAGUUAUGAUACCUAAUUUAAUCACGCUUGGUAAUUUACCUAAUACUGAAAUUUACAUGGAUGCCAAAAGAUACACUAAGUGUGUUGAAUUAGAAAAUAUCAUAAUCUAUUAUUACGAAGGAGGAUUAUGUUUUCUAAACCGGGAACUUUUUAAAAAUUCAAUGAUAAAGAAAACAGUUGAAAAAUCAAAAGAAAAAGUCGAUGAUGACAAAUUACCUUCUGAAAAUCAUCAACAUUUAAAUUACGUCAUUCUGGACUGUUCUUCGAUUUCACUAAUGGACAUCAACGCAGCAAAAACGUUUCAGGAGAUUAGAGAUGAAUUACAUGCCAGGGGAAUCAUGUUCAUAUUAACUAAAUGCCCAGCAUUUGUUCAUAAUAUAUUAACGAAAACUGAGUUUUUCAAAAGUGUCAAAUAUCCAUGUAUUUUUCCCAGUAUACACGAUGCCGUGGUAUAUUGUCAACAUAAUUAUGUCAUUCGUUUAUGAUAUCGAGAUUUAGUCUAGCUUAAAAAAUAUAUUAUUAUUAGAUUAGAAAGAAUCUAGGUUACCUAGCAUUAUUACUACUUUAUGUAGUAAGAGUAAGAGUACGAACUGUAAUUCGGAUAUUUAAUUUAGUAAAAUAAUAAUCUAAUACGCGUUACACAUAUACCGUCCUACAUCAAAAAAUAUAUUAGUUAAACUACUGUCGUGUAAUAUAGUAAAUUGUUUAUAUAGGUGUAUGGAUUUUCGAAAUAUUGAUAUUUUUUGUCUAAUAUUCGAGAAUAAAAGUUUUUAAGUUAGUAAAAUAACAAAUAUUUUUAUUUGAUUUUAUCAGAAAUGUUAUCAUUAAUUUAAAAUUUAAAAAAAUGAUUGUUAAUAUAUUGUGUAUGAAUAUUUUCGGAUAUAGAAAAAUCAAAGUCGAGGUUAUCGAUACUGUGAUAAUCCUCUGAGCAAGAUAAAGUAUUCGUAACAAACGCGUGAAUUUUGACAUAGAUAAAUGAUUUUAUUAUACUAUCUCUGAUACUAUAUCACAUAUAAACUUCAAGUAGUAAUCUGUCCCAUUAAUCCAAUCACAUUCCUUACAUCAGACCUUUUUUACAUUACCAUAGCUUGCUAUUUCCAGUAAUAAAACAUCUCAGCUUUAUAAAUAUUAGGCUAUAUUUUAGAGAUUUAAAAGUAAACAUUUUUAAAUCCAUAAAUUAAAAAUCAGAAAUUUUAUAAGGUUAUUUAAACCUAGACCUAAAUAUGUGUAGAAUAUAUAGAACAGUUCUAAUAGGAUAACAAAUUGGGUCGCAAUAUAUUUGCUUUAUUCAAAAACGUGCCAAAAGACGUCACUAUAGAUUGUAAAUAUUAGUAAAUGGUUAUCGUACCUUAUCUCUGUUCGGUGUGAUUUAUACGUAUAUAUAUGUAUAUAAUAUGCGGGAAUUCAGAGAUAAACCCUUACAACUUUUAAUAAUUUGAUAUUCGAAAGCCGGCCCUGAAAAGCUGGAAUAGAUAUGAUUGUGGAUCAUAUAAAAGGUCUGUUGAUUUAUAUUUUUUGUAUAUAAUUUACAAUUUUAUUUAAGUUAAACACGUUUACUUUCUCUCGUUAUAUUAUCAUUAGUAUAUUUAUAUGUUUAAUUAUUUCAGAAUUCGUAUUUUAUGAAUACAUAGACCAAAAACAAUUAGGAUUUCAUGUUUUUAAUUUUUAAUAAAAUAUUUUUAAACUGUUGAUAAAGUUAUUACAUUCUAUCAGUUCGUAAAAUAUUUUGAUAUUUUUUACGAUAUAAACAUUUUAAAAUUGUUUAAAUUAUGAUAUUCGGUACAGAUAAUUAUCGUUGGAUAUGGUAACUUUAUCUUUAAAAAAAAUUCGAAUCUAUUUUUUAUAGAUUAGAAUUUUUUUCACAAAAAAUAGCUCAAAGUCUUUAAUAAAAAUGAUCAUAUUCUUAAGAAUCCAUAGUAUCCAUAAGAAUAUUUUUACCAUAACAAAGAGUAAGAGUGUUUAGUAAGAAUCGUCAAACCAAUGACUAGUUAUUUAAAUUUUUUUGUAAUAGAUACAUAAUUUUAUUUUUGAUAUAAAACGUAAAUAUAAAUUUAUCAAUAAAUAAUGUGCAUAAUAAUUACGACCGUUCUUCAGUUUUUCCUUUAUAUUUGACUAAAAUAUGUUACUUAUUAUUUUCAUUAUUCUGCAGAACUUCUUAUCAGUUUUCUUUCUUUUUAAAUACAGUUAUUAAACCAGACAAUAUCUUAUAUUAUUUCAUUCUUUUAUUUGCCAGAAUAUAAACAGAAUCUGCAUAAAAGUGAACCAAAUAGGUUACACACUUUAGUCAAAUAUAAAGGAAAAAAGUUAAAUAUCAAUGUCGCAAUUUAAUUAAUUUUAAUGAAAUUUAUCGAUUCUCUCACACGAUUGUUUAAUUAUAAAUUUGGUUU